AUGGCGAUCCCAGGUAAUGACUUCAUGGAGUCGCUCGAAGAUCUUUUCUCUGAGGCUGGCGCGAAGGGCCGUGACGCGAACGCUGAGUUUGUACACCUGCGUAGCAGCCUCAUCGACUUGAUCGAAUCCAUCGCAAUUACCAGCGGCCACAAUUUGACUACCGCCAGAAACCAAGCGAAUUAUAACCUCAAGUUCACUGAUGGAACUGAACCCGAGACGCACGUUGCCUUCUUCCCACCGAACCACGAUAUUACUGAGAAGCGCCCUCAGCUGGAUGCUGCAACCACUGCCGAGGAGUUUAUUGAGAUCAUCGGCACUGUCUUCAGUGAACAGAAGACCCGAAAUCGCAAAAAGAAGAAAUCCAAUAGAAAGAGAUCCAAUGCCACUCCGCCGGAAAGCCCCAUGAACAACGCCCAGAAACGCCUAGCGGCAGAGGCUGCGAACAAGACUCUGUCAACAGCUGAUGACAGCCCAAGAAAACGGAUCAAGCUUAACACAAGCAAAAGCAAAGGCGGCGUCUCCGAACCUGCAGUUUUCAGCACUGCACAUCAGUCGAAAGAUAAUACUCCCACUCAGUUUCCCAGUCCUGAGGAUACGGUCAACGAUGACGGCGUCAGUGUGCUGGGCCCUAUGGAUAUUGAUUCUGGCGCUACCUCGUCUCAAGACAAAGGAGAAGAGAUGAACGGGGAACAUAGCACAGCUGAGGGCCAAAAACACCAUGAAUCUGCUCCCGAGAGGCACUCACAAGGUCGAGGAGAUAUGCACAUGAACGAUGCCGACACCGAGACUUUACCUGCGUAUUGCAGGUCGGAUAUUCUCGAAGUUGUCGCAGCAGUUGAGGGCAUCGAAGAGCAACAGUGGAAAGAUUUCAAACCAAAGCUGCUCGAGAUGCUAGGUCGAAUGCACCAGAAGCCAACACCUGAACAGCAUGAAAGGGCACUGAAGCGUCUAAGCAUAGCAAUUGCCCAGACGGAGCAAGAGAGGUCUCUUAUCCCAGUCGAAGCCUGGAAGAAGUACGAGGAAAAGCUUACAGAUGAAACGAAGAAGGGAUUGUUUGAUUGCCUGUGGUCUAGGAGGCUCUUCAAGGUCGGCAAGAUCAUUUACCUACCAGAGGAAGAGGUUGCCAUGGAGAGCCAGUGCUGGGAGCGCCUCAAGGCCGUAGCCCGCAUAUGUGCGAUCCUGGUCGAAAUGACUGCCAAACCAGAGGAACAGGACUACCAGAGGGAUACCGACAGGUGGCUUAUCGAGAAACUUGGAGAUAUCAGCUUUCUGGAGAAACUGUUUGCAUGCAAGGACCGACUUGGGGCGGUCAGGGGACCAGGGGCAGAUUGA